AUGGCCUACCAGUCAGACGAAUCCCUAGCCACAAUUCUAAACAAUUCCCUGAGCCAUCACAUUGAAAUCUUCCGCGCUAGGAACUUAAAAUCAGGCGCAGCCAUUCAAUCAGCUGAAAACAGUAUCCCCAAUGGCACCUCGCGCGGUGUGCUCUUUCACAUCCCGCACCCACUCGUCUUCCGCGGCGGACAUGGCUGCUAUCUCACCUCACUAGACGGAGACGAAUACAUAGACUUCGUCUCCGAAUAUACAGCAGGCAUGUUUGGGCACUCGCAUCCAGCCAUCAUUGAGGCCAUGCAAACUGUCACGCAGCAAGGGUUCACGCUGGGCGGUGUUACCAGCAAAGAGGGUGAACUGGCGCAACUUCUUAUCUCGCGGUUCCCAAGUAUAGACGCAAUCCGGUUCUGUAAUUCGGGGACGGAGGCAAAUAUGUUUGCUUUGGGGGUUGCAGUCGCAUUCACGGGGAGAAAGAAGAUCCUCGUCUUCAAAAACGGCUAUCACGGCGGCACGCUCACCUUCGGGGCUAACACCGCCCUCAACCUUCCCCACGAAUUUAUUAUAGCGAAUUACAACGACAUCCCGGAUACCCGAGCAAAACUCACCUCCGACAUUGCUGCCAUCCUCGUGGAACCUAUGCAGGCGGCGGGAGGGAUGAUCCCGGCUGACAUCCCCUUUCUGCAAUUCUUACGGGACGAAGCGACCCGGCUGCAGGCAGUACUCAUCUUCGACGAAGUCGUCACAUCACGACUCUGCUAUGGCGGACUUCAGGAACGGUACGGUAUUGUACCGGAUAUGACGACUUUAGGGAAGCACUUCGGCGGCGGGUUCUCGUUCGGUGCGUUUGGCGGGAAGAAGGAGAUUAUGCGGUUGUUUAAGCCGGGAGCAGAGCAGUCGUUAUUCCAUACUGGGACGUGGAAUAACAAUGUGUUUUCAAUGACGGCUGGUGUUGUAGCGGCUAAUCUGAUGAGUCGGGAGGCGCUGGAGCGGGCGAAUGAUCUGGGAGAUUAUUUGAGGGAAGGAUUACGUCGCAUAUUUGAUCAAAGGUGGUGUGCUUGGCUUGAUGUGGUCGUUAGUGGAAUAGGGAGUACAGUGGGAGUGAAAUUUUUGGGGGAGAAGGGGGACAUGAUUCGGGAUCUCUAUUAUUUCUAUCAGUUGGAAGGGGGCGUGUAUAUGGCGCAUCGGGGAUCGUUUGCAGUCAAUCUGGUGCAUCAACGGGAGCAUGUGGAUUUGGUGCUGGAGGUGACGAGGGAUUUUUGUCGCUCGCUGUCGUUCAUGUAG